GAGGCGACUGGUGACACGCUUGACCGCGGUGAUACCAGCCAACACAUUCAUGAAUAUCCUAGUACCCUAGGGUUAGAUGGUAGCUUCAACUUGAUGGACAAGUGGCAUGUGUUUUUCGCGGUGGAUUUUCACACCAGCAGUUAUGACUUAACCCUGACACAACGUCUCAAAGAGCAGAGACACAAUGUGAGUUGGAAUGAGAACGAGGAUAAUAGAGGCAUGGGUUUGGAGCCUAUGGAGAAGCAGAUUUUAAGCGACCAAUUAACAAGCGGGGUAGAAGAAAGGGGACUGGCUGACCAGAGGUCAGGAGCCCUGAAAACGGCACCUGGUACGGGCGACAUUGGAGGAAAGGAUAGCACAAAAUUGUGUGAAGGAGUGGAUGGGUCACAUAAGGGCACUCGUGGCAACGUGGUCGAAUGGUCAACGUAUUCAGCUCGCAUCCUGCACUGUCGCGUUUCGACUCCCGCUGAGGGUGUUGAUAAGACCGAUGCGAGGUGGAAACUGCAGUCCACUUUAGCUGGGAUGAGGACAACUUUUGGAGAAGCAGGGCUAUGUGAAAUUGAAUGGAAGCGUCAACUCAGCUUGUGGGAAAAUUCUUCUUCUACCGGUCCUUCAUGA